AAAUUACGUCUCCGGCCUUUUAUUUAAUCGUAAAAAGUGGCGAAAGCCUGCUCUGGAAAAGUGUCGAGGUCGGAAAAAAUGGUGUUCGGACGCCUGCGAGGCCCGACCCCCGCUCCGAGCCGCAUCACAAUUCUCACACUCUCGUCCCUCAGUAACGCCAUCUUGACCGUCCAGGGCUGGCAACUUCCAUCCCCCUGAUAAUAAUUUUCGACAAAAUCUCGUCUUCGUUUUCGGCGCGGCGAAUCGGCAGUGGACCCCCUCGGAGCUCGAGAUGCUUUUCCUGCGGUCGCCUCGCGUUCGGCCCACGGAGAAAGCCCCGCCCCAGGUCGAGCUAUCCUCGGCUCGCUAUUAAUCGUCGGAGCCCGAAACUCUUCGAAAGUCGUAAUUUCGGAAAUCGAACCCCUUUCGCAUAUCCCAGACUCGCGUCCGCCGGGAGGAACGUUUAACCUCCGCGUAGGUAAAUUUCUCUCACCGGGCCUCGUCCCCGACUAAAUUUCCCCGGAGAAGACCCGCCUUCGACGGCCUUUUUCCAUUUGAUUCCCCCCGGCGAAGCCCGAUCGCGGUGAAAUGACGGCCGACGGCGACAGAGGGACGCCCGUCUGCCUCAUCUGCAACGCGAGCAUCGGCGUUUCGACGAGAAACAACUGCCCGAUAUUUCAAUACAACGUAACCUCCUCGGAACAGCCUGUCGCAAACAUCCUCAGCGUUAUCUUAGGCCAGGAAGUCAGGAAAGAGCUGAUACACAGCGAAAUCAUUUGCAAGAAAUGCUACAAACUCUGCAAUGAGGUGGACGAGCUCCAGGAGAGGCUCACAGAAAUCAAAAUGGAACUCAACAAUUAUUACCAGAGGACCCUCAGGAAAGUUGGUGGUGCACAGGAAGACGAUGUGGAAACGCCAUCGAGAGUUAUUUACCUUACCAGUAAUAAAGACAAACCAUCCCCGUCCACCAAGAAAGCACCGGGGCGUCCAAGAAAAAAUGUGCAAAGUGCAGAAAAUGGAACUGCCUCUGAAGUAGUUGAAGCUGUUUUGGACGAUGUUGAAGAGGAAGAUAUGGCUGAAGAUGAUAUCCUGGGAGUUGGAGUGGAUGAUGAUCCCACAGCUGACUACGUGCCGAAAAUGAAUAAAAAAAGCGAUGGGAUCAAGAGAUCACAGGAAGGACUCGUAGAGGGAAAUUCCAGUGGGGUGGAUAUGAAAUUAGAAGAAUCGGAUGAGGACAAUCAAGGCGAUGAUGACGACGAUGCCGAAGAGAAACCAUUGGCACCUCGAAGGAAGCCGAUACCGAAGCCUAAAGUUACCGACACUGACUUUAGCAACAUUAUUCCUCAAAUGAUUAUAAGCAGAGACGGGAAAAUUUACACUUGUUUGCUGUGUUCAGCCGAUGAGAAAGUACAAGGCGAGGCUAAGUCUAUUGUAGCCCAUAUGAAAACGACACACAACAUAAGGCUUUACAUCUGUGAUAUGUGCGGAAUGGAGUUCCUCAAAAGGGCGGAUAUGUCACAGCACAUUGACGAACAUGUAGGGAAUGAUGAAGGUGAGUAUGAGUGCGAUGUAUGCCAAAGGGUAUUCACAAACAUCCGCCUCUACAGAGUGCACAAAAGAAUGCACUUCCCACAGCAAAAAAAUCACGUCUGUGAAGCAUGCGGCAAAGCAUUUUUAUCUAGAAACAUGCUUGAUGAGCAUAUGAAUACGCACACAGGGGCAAGACCUUAUAAGUGUUCUGAGUGCGGGAAGGAUUUUGCAUCUAAAUAUUCUCAUAAAGCUCAUGAAAAAACACAUGUCGAACGGCCGAGACCUUUCAAAUGCUCUCAUUGCAGCAAAACAUUCGCCACCGAAUCCAGCCAUGCCCAGCAUGAAAGGACCCACACCGCUCCUAGAAAUUUCCCCUGUCAGAUCUGCGGGAAAUCUUUCAGUUCCGGUCGUAAUUUAGAAGUCCACUGUGUAAUCCAUACAGGAUUUAAGCCGUUUGUCUGUAGGAUGUGUGGAAAAGCAUUUGCAAGAAAAGCUGAAAUCAGGGAUCACGAAAGGACGCACACCGGAGAAAAGCCUUAUCAGUGCGAGUUCUGCGGUGCAACUUUUGGACAAAGAAGCAAUUUACAAUCUCACAAAAGAGCCACUCAUUAUGAUGAUAAACGCUAUCAGUGUAUUGAAUGUGGUAAAGCGUUUAAAAGGCGACGCCUGCUGGAUUACCACAUCAAGGCGGCUCAUACGGGUGAAAGGCCUUACAAGUGCCAGCUGUGUAGCGCAACUUUUAUUUAUCCUGAACAUUUUAAAAAACAUAGACGAAUUCACACUGGUGAAAAGCCGUAUCUCUGCGAGGUUUGCGGAAAAGCUUUCAACAGCCGUGACAAUAGAAAUGCCCAUAGGUUCGUCCAUAGCGAUAAAAAACCCUAUGAAUGUUUGGUAUGUGGUGUCGGUUUCAUGAGGAAACCGCAACUCUACAAUCACAUGCAAUCUCAGGGCCAUAUUAAUGACACAAUAGUGGUGAAUCAGCCAAGACUUACGACAGACGAUGAACUCAUAGCGCAACAAGAGCAAGAAUCUCGAAUGGAAAUGAUAAUAACUGAAAAUCAAGAGACUGGGCUUGAAGAAGGGGAUAAUCCAAAUGAUACCAAAAUGUAUAUUAGAGAAUUAAAAGAACACGUCAUUAUACAAGGAAAGGGGCAAGAAAUUGGAGAAGACGGCCAGUACACAGAGGAAGUUGGCCAUCUAAUUAUCGAUGGACAGGUACAAUUCGCCGAUGGCGAAGCCCUUGAGAUCGAGUCGACCGCUAUUGCUGAGGGCCUUGACGGCCAACAUGCACUCGUCAUUCCUGCUUCGAGGCACACAGGUGAGUUUUCGGUCGAGGCCGCAGAGGGCGGCACGACUGUACAGACACCAGACGGGCUCCAUUUAGUCAUCAGCCUACCUGAUUCUGAUACAAACCAGCCCAAUACAUGGUUCAACAUAGUCCAACAACAAUAAUUGCGCCAUCGUUGUACAAAUUGUAUAUAAAUCACACUUAAUGUUCUAUUGUCCUAAUGUAUAUAGAACUUUUAAAUUAUUAUUUUUAUUUCUUUUUUUCAUGGGAAUAUGUAUUAAAAACAAAAACAUUAGCCUUUCUUAACCCUAAUAAAGCUGAUACAACAGCAGUUUGUACUGUUUUAGUUCAAGCUGUGAUAAGAUUCUUCUUAAGAAAGGAUAUUAUAUUUUUUAUAUAAUUAAUGAGUGUAAUUUUUUGUUUAUUUUAAAUUUUGAUGUUUUUUCCUAUUUUACCAUCCCACAAACAAACCUCUUUUAAAAAAGUGUGUUACAUUCCCAAUGAGUUAUAUGUUAUAAAUAUUGUAUUUUAUUGUUUUUCUGAUUUAAAAUGGUACAUAUUGUAAUAUAUUAAAAAUACUUGUAUUUUGCUAGGAAUAACAAUUCUAUCUGAAAUUUUAAUCAUGAAUGUUACUACAUGAAUAAAACAAAUGAUAUAAUAAAAUCAAAACUUAG